AUAAAAAAUAAUAAUAUAUAUUACUUUUUCUAUGUUAGCAACACAACACCAGUUUGUUCUCCAGUCGCCACUGUUUACUUCUGAAGUUUUCAAAUUAUUGAACUUCUAUUGUUUUCUUAAUUUUUUUUUUUUGAUAUUGGAAAAUGUAUAACUAUCAUGCACUAUGCUUAAUUAUUGUUAGUUAGAAUCUAUUAGGUACCUAAUAAAAUAAUGUACUUAUAUAAUUUAUUACUAUUUCAUUAGUACAGAAGAAUAACAAAAAUUUUAUUUAUGAACCAUGAAUAUUUAAUUAAUAACCAAAAAAGUAAACACAUUCAUUCUUCAGAAUAAUUUUGUAUUCUUUUGAUAUUAGUUUUUGUAUUUUAUAUAUGAUUACUGAAGUAGUUAAAACAUUAAAUGAAAUAAUAUCCAACAGAGUAUGGAGUUUACUAGACCAGUUAUAAAUUCAUAUGAAUCGCCAGAUAUGAUAAGUAAGUAAAUUAUAUUGAAAUAUUUUUACAUUAUACAAUUUUAUUAUGCUAAUUCAAUCUUUAUAUACCUGUGUAACACCCGUCCAUAGCUUUUCCACCAAGACCACCAGCUUAUGAUUGCUGAGGCUAUAUGCCUAAUUUAUUUACUAUCCUAUUGAAUCAUUUAAUAUUAUUUGAUACUUUAUCUAUCAUUAUAUUAUUUAAACUGUUGUGUAAAGAAUUAUCAUAAAUUAUGAUAAUAUUAAAUUUAUUUGUUUAAAAAUAUUAGAAUAAAACAAUAUAUAAUUGCCAAUUAUAUGAUAUUUAGUGUAUGGAAACUAUGUAGAUGAAGAAUAUCCAGAAGUAAUUGAUACUAGUCUGUAUUCAGACCAAUUAAAUGGACAAAUAAUAAGAUCUGAAUAUGAAGAAACUCAAACAAUAUUGACGGAUAACUGUAGUCAAUAUGGAAUUACAGCUACAUGUUUUGACACUUAUGAAAAUUUGCUUUGGGUUGGAAAUGAACUGGUUAGUGCUUGUAAUCAAAUUGUUUUCCUUAAUUCCUUUACUUCAAAAAUUAAAUUAUUCAUAAUAUAUCUUAUCUAGGGCUAUGUUACUUCAUAUUAUAGUGCAGAAAUGCAGAAGUAUACAAUGUUUAGGGUUCAUUCUAAUGAAGAGGUUCGUUCUCUAUUGACUACAGAAUCUACUUUGUUAAUUCUUACACCUACUACACUUCGAUGCCAGAUGCGUAGAGGUUUACCAAUUUUUACUCAUGGGUAAUUAAAGUAAUAAAUACAAUUUAAGGCUUAUUUUAUAUUAUUAAAAAUAAAUAUUUACAUACGAUCGUAUUUAAGAUUAAUUUAAAAUUUAAAUUAAACCAUAAUAGCAUAUUAUUGUUCGAGGAGGUUUAAUUAUUGCUGUGUCUCUGUCAUCAGGCGCUCAAGUAGAUAACGGGGGAAUCUAGUGCCCGGUCACAUUUUAGAGCACCAGACACCCUCAACCUAAUUUCCCUGUAAAUGGGUAUAUAUUAUAUUAUUAUUGUGGUUGUUUUUGUGUUUUGUUCUCACUGUGAUUGCUUAUAAAAACCAAUAUUAUAUAAAUAAUUAAUGUUAAAAAUAUAAAUAAAUUAUGAGUUCAAUUGGUUAAAUUAACUAGUUGGUAUUUAAACAGUUUAAGUAGGCUUAUACGAGCAUUCAAUGAUGGAGAUACAGCCUUUAAUUAUUUUACAUUUUCAAGUACAUUUUUAUUUUUUAUUAUGAUGUUAAAAAAUUUUAAGGUAUAAAAUAAGGCUAAAUAAUACUAUAAUAUAAUGAAUAUAGAAUUUAUAAUUCUAACUUUUUUUAUGUAAUAUAUGUAAUUUAAACUGUAUUGAAUAUUGAGAAUUUUGAAUACAUUUUUUUUUUACAAUUAUAAUCAGAUGGUGCUAUCUAAAAGCUCUGUUAAACAAAAUGCGUUAUUAACACCGCGGUAUUAUUGUUGCGUUUUUGACACCACCACUAAUGUUACAUACAUUAUACAAAAAUCAAAGUGUUUUGACAUAAUAGGCUUGUAGUAGUUGAUAUAGCAAUAUUGUUCAUACAUUUACAAAGAAAAGUUUAUAUUAUAAAUAUGUUCAGUAAUUCAAAUAAAGAAGAAUUUUUACUUUUUUAUGCAAUAACCGAAAGUCAGCAAAAGAGGAAGUGAAUUUGGGCUCAUAAAAUAAAUUAAAAAAAAGAGAUUUAUGGUGAACACUACUGUUUAUGUUGUGAACUGGAGUCACAUGAAGACCGAUUUUAUUUAUCUUCUGGAUGACCUAGGAUAGUUUUUAAGAACUGUACAAAUUGCCAAAAGUAAUGCACUAUAGUCUAUGAUUUUAUAAUUUUGUAUAACAUCGUAUUCUAGUGCCGCGUCAAUUAUGCUGAUGAGUUAUGUUUGACAGCCGAUAUAAUUUGUUGUUUAAUAUAACACGACAUUAUAGUAUAUCGCUUUCACACUCGUGAAUAAUGUAUUCUGUUUGACAAGGCCUUAACACAUUGAUUUUUUAAUUAAAGAUUUUAAGACUCAAAACUAUACAUCUUUAAAUAGAAAAUCAUUAUUUAAAUUAAUUCUUUAUCCAAAAUAUUUGGGAAACUAUCUAUUAAUAAUUUAGUUUCACCAUAGUUAUUGAAAGUAGAUUUGUGAACAAAUAUUAAUUGGUCAAAUUUCAACCAAAUAUAGAGACUAAUAUUAUAUUGGCUGUGACAAAAAUAUCUGAGAUCUGAAAUGAUUUGUUUUGUUUGGUUUUUUUUUAUUUAAUAAAUACUACUCUGACCCAUCAAAAGAAGGAACUUAUGUCUCAACCAAAAUUUGUCUGAGUUCGCACAGCCCCACCCCUGAAUAUGUUAUGUGUAGCACUGUAUAAUAGUACACACACGGUAGCAUGCUGCUGCCAAAAAUGUUUGAAUAGGGGAAAUAGUUCCCUGAAACGUUCAAUGUCAGUUGCAUUCCUAAAUUAAGUUCCUUCUCUCGUGGAUCGGAUUAUAGACCUUUGAACCAUGACUCUUCUAUUUUGUGUAUUUUUUAAAAUUAAUAAUAAAAAUAACUGAUACUGGGGACAGCUAUGUUACUGUUGUAGAUGGGAAGUUAGGGAGAUAGGAUAAAUAAAGUUAUUUAAUUUAGGUCCUAUAAUAUAUAUUUUUUUCAUUAAAAAUUCCAUACAUUUUAUUUAACAUUGUUCUUAAGUUGCUAAUUGUGUUUUAUGGAUAACAGUAGUUAUGAUUCAAUAUUUCUAAGGCAUUAUUGAUAGUAAUAAUUUGUAAUAACUAGUAAAAAAUAAUUUAUAUUUUAAUGUUUGCGUCUUUUCAGUUCCGAAUACUUAAAUGAAAUGCAAUGUAUUACUCAACUGGGACGUUCUCAAGAUACUAUAUUAAUGGGUGGUCAUCAAGAUAAGCUGAUUGAGUUUAAUUUGAAUUUAUGUAAAGAAACGAAUAUCAUAGAUGCUGGAGAAAAUGGUUGUGCUAUAUUGCGUCAGAAUGCUAAUAGAACUGUAUGUUGUGGAGAUCCUACUGGAGUAAUCAAACUUCGAGAUCCUAGAAAUAUUUCAAAAAUUAUUUAUACUGUUGAUGCACAUACAGGAAGUUUAUCAGAUUUUGAUGUUCAUGAUAAUUUGUUAGUUAGCUGUGGGUUUUCAAAUACGUAAGAGGAAUUCAUCAUUUGUAUUAUUUUUAUAUUAUAUACUUAUAAUAAUUUAUAUAUUUUUAGGCACGGAUCUAUGGUUUUAGAUCAAUUUUUAGUUGUACAUGAUUUAAGAAUGAUGAGGUCAGUUUCAUCUAUUUCAAUGAUUAUAGAACCAUUUUUAUUAAGAUUCAUGACAUCAUAUUCAUCACGCAUUGCUGUUGUAUCUAAUAUUGGACAAUGCCAACUUGUGGACACUGUUGCAUUAUCAGAACAAGAUAUGAAUCUCUACCAAGUGUGAUCAAAUUAUGUUAUUAUUUAUGUUGUAAUUAUAUAGUAAUAACUAAUAAUUUCUUAAUUUAAAAUAAGAUGAGUGUUGCUGAAGAAGGAGCAAUGGCUCUUUCUAUGGAUGUAUCUCCUUCAAGUCAAGCAAUUAUAAUUGGUGAUAAUGUGAGCACAUUACAUUUAUUUACUACGGCGUCUACUAGGUUUAAUACUUUAGCAAGGGAUACAAUAUUUGCCCAACAAAUGGAACCAUUACCAUGUGGACCAAUUAGUGUGACAGAUGAAUUAGCUGAUUAUUCCAAUAUUCCAUUGCCACCUUGUGAUGGACAUUUAGCAUCAGAAUUACCAGAUGGAUUUAUUUCAAAUAUUUAUAGGUAAACAAUAAAGUUUAAAUAUAUUUUGUUAAAAUAAAAAUAUAUUAUUAAUAAUAAAUAUGAUUAAUGUCACGAAUAUUUAAUUAAAUAUGAAUUAACUGUUUCCAGUAUUUCUAGUACUAGAUUUGAUGUUACCAGGGUAUUAAAGUUUUGUGUCAUUUUUUUAUCUUCCUUAAUUAUCGCAGUAAUAUAAUAAUUAAAAAAGUAAUAUUAUAAUAUAUAAUAUAUAAAAAUUGUUUUUAAAAUCAAUGUCUUUUUGGGGAAUGUUAUUAAAUAAUAUUUUUAAAUCAUUUGAUCAGUUGAAUUUAUUAUUUCUACAAUUAAAAUAUUAAUUUUAGUUUCUGUAAUCUAUUAUAUUGUAUAUAAAUAUUGUAAAUUAAUAUUUUUGUUUGUAUUAUUUUACGAAUAAAAAUAAAUAUAAUUUUAAUUGUGGAUAGGAAAACACCAGCAAUAGAUUUAGAUAUAUUAUCUACAAUGCAAAUGAAAGGAACUGUUGGAUAUGCUCCUAAUCAGAAUAACCGAAAACGAAACCAAGUAAGUUUUCCUUCAAUAUUAUUAUUAAAGGGGAAGCUAACAUUAGCCAAUGUUUAUAUAUUACAAUCAAAAUUUUCAAAUGAUUUGUUAUUUUUAUUAUUGAGUUUUGACUCAUUGAAGUAUUUUUUUGUUUUUUUUUUUUUAUGUAUUUUGCAUUUUAAUAUAUAAUUUAAAAUAAUAAUAUAACGUUUUUAGGUAUCUACUAACCUAGCAUUAAAUGAUAAAUUAAAUACAUUUUUAUACAGUUUGAAUAUUUAAAUUGUAAUAUAUUUUUAUCUAAAUAAAUAUUAAAAAUUACAUUUUUGUUUUUAAAUUUUAGGUAGCAUAUUUUAAUACUGUACCUGAAUCACAAAAUAAUAACAAUAUUAAUCAAUCAAAUGAUGAUGAACGUGAAUCUCCCACAUUUGUAGCAAUACCUAGAAGAUAUAGAAAGAUUGAUUUAAAAUUUAAAAGUGAAGAUUUUGAUUAUGAACAAUAUAAUAAAACUGGAUUUUGUGGUUUAGAAUCAAAUGUUCCAAACUCAUACUGUAACCCUAUGCUUCAGGUAAUAUUAAUAAUAUUAAACUUUGUACACAUUUUUUGGUUUUUUAAACUAUUAGCUGUUCCAUCAAGCUUUGCCGAUAUACAGCGUUAAAUGAAAAAAAUAAAAUUGUGUUUUCCAAUAUCAUCCUUGUUCCCAUUACAGUUACCUAGAAUUUGUUCAGUAGGUAAUUCAUUUUUUUUUUAUUAAAAAAGAUAUUGUUCAUUUAUUUCUGUAUAGACAUUUUCAGCCCUUACGUGAGGUGGAUUCGACUGUGCAUAUUGUUCAGACAUACAUACAGGCUAAUACUUAUUUGUAUUAAUAUAGUUAAAGAGUAAAUCUGGACCGAUUGGUUGAGUGUAACAAAUUAAAAUUAACAAAUUAUACAAUUUUAGUAUGCACUUAAGUUAGGUUGUAAUGUAUUUUGUUGAAUGAUAAUACUAUAUUAUAUGUUAUUUGUUUAUUUAUUUGACAAUAUGCUUCAAGAUAUUACUUAAACUUGUUUCUUUUUAUCUUAUGGGUAAAAUUAUUAAAUGCGAUCCUUAUAUGCAUUUUAUACUAUGUACAUGUACCUCGUAAAUUAUUUGAUAUUUGUUAACUAUUCAUACUAUUUUUAUGCAGUAAAACUGAUUAAAAAUGUAGUAAUUGGCUUUUGUAUAAAAAUAGAGAUAUAUAAUAGUCAAUCUCAGAGAAAAUGUUAACAUUAACUUCCACUUUUAAGGGUAUCUAGAUGACUUGUAUUGUCUAUUCAUUUCUAAUAGAUCCCACUUGCUUGUCAGCUUAAUUUUAUCCACAAAAACUCAUAAAUCAACUUGGAAGUAACAAUAAAUCCAACUCUAUUUAUUUUAAAUCAAAAUUAGAAGAAAAAAAAACAACAAAUUUACAGACAGAAAUGUAAGCAGUUAUAACUGAAAAAUAACCUAAUCAAAAUAAUAUUGCUAUUACAUAUUAUUAUUACUAUUAUCAUUGUCAUAUUAACUUGUGUAAAUUAACCUAUGCCUUUUUUUUAUUAAACAUAUUUUGUUUUAAUUUUAUUUAUUGAUUAGGUUUUAUAUUUUUUGGAGCCAUUGCGAAAAGUGUUAAUGGCACAUAUAUGCCAGGAAGAAUUUUGUUUAAGUUGUGAAUUAUCAUUUUUAUUCUAUAUGAUGAAUAAAUAUAAAGGAACACCAUGCCAUUCUGGGAAUUUUUUAAGAGCUCUUCGUAAUGCUCAUGAUGCUACUGCUCUAGGGCUUAUACUACCUGAACAUAAUAAUUCUGAAAUGAAAAAUAAAAUAAAUAUCAGUAUUUUAAUUCAAGUAAGAUUUGAUAAAUUAUAAUAACAAAUAUAAUAUAUAUAUUAUACAGAGUGAUUUUUUUUUCAUAAACCAGCAAUUAUCUCGAAGUUUUUUAAAUUAAUUUGAUUUCUGUUUUUUCUAAUCAUUAUGGAAUAGUUUAAGUUUUAUUUUAAAACGAUUUUUCAUUUUUUACCCCUACUCCAUAUAUCUUAAAUAAGUACAUAUUUUUGAUUUUCAAAUUAGAACCCCCCCCCUUUUAAAUACAGAUUUGAAUAGAAAUUCUAGAAAUUUUAAUGUUCAUAACACUAAUAUCAGAUUUAUCAUUUAUAAGUUAUAACAUUUUAAAGUUUAGACCGGAGAAGUAAGGAAGGGUUAUAAAUAGACAAUAUAUUACUUCCAAUUUAUACUACUGUAAUUGUAAGUCUAAAAAAUUUUUUUUUUCUUGGUUUGUGUGGUUUUUUUCCCUCACCUUAUAUUCAGAUAUUACAAUAUUGUACAAUAUAUAUUACAAAAAUAUUACAGGACAUUUACCGACAGCAAUCAGUAAAAUCUAGGAUUCAUAGGUAUUCUUAUUUCUACCGAAACAUAUUUAUAUUUUUAAAAUAUGUAGCUAAUGCCAUAUCAUAAAUAAUAAAAUAUUUAUUAUUUAAUUAUUUAAUAAUUGUAUGUUAUUAAUUUAUACUACUGUUGUUUAUUUCAUAAAGAUUUUAAAUUAAAGUAUUUAAUUUUAAAUUUUUGGUAUCACAUACACAAUUAUAUUAAUAUAUUAAUUAACCUUUUUUUUGUAUUUGUUACUAGAAUUGGAAUCGAUUUAUUUUGCAUCAAAUUCAUUUGGAGCUCCUCAAAUCAAAAAGAGGAUCAAUUGAUGAACAAGGAAAAUUUGUUUUCAAAGAUACAGAUUUCCCAAGUAUUGGAGGUCAACAAGUUCGAAAAAAGGUAAAAAAUAAAGAAGAAGACUAUAAUGAAACAGAAAUAACUAGAUUAUUUGGCUGUAAACAACUUCAUGUCAAUAAGUGUUUAAAGUGUAAUCACGAAUUCAGCAAACAAUCCAAUUUAAUGGUGUGCAAUUUGAUUUAUCCAGAAUCUAAUGACGGUAAAAAUUUUAAAACAAUUCAAUUAAAUAUUUAUUAUAUUUUAAAAUAUUUUCAUUAUUUUUUACUAGAAAAACCCAUGUCAUUUUGUGAUUUACUUCAGCACAGCAUUUGUCCGAAACAAACUACUACAACUUGGUGUGAACGUUGUGAAAGUUUCCAGCAGACAAUACAAACUAGAACAUUAAAAUCAUUACCUGCUAUAUUAACUGUGAAUUGUGCUAUUGAAACUAAACAAGUAAGUUUUGAAUGCACCUAUAUUGAUGAUUUUUUUUUUAAAUGUAUAUAAAACAAAUUUAAUAAUUUAUUAAGUUUUACUGAUUAUAAUAUUAUCGUUUUAACUAAUUGGUUACCAUAUAAACAGUUGAAUUUCAAAUGAUUAAAAGUCAGGAUCUUGAAUAUCAAAACCUUGAACAUCAAAAAUUGUUGAGUGCAUAAUAUAGUCAAAAACAUGACGAGUGUCUCUUGGGAAAAUUUGAAAAUUAAUCUGUAUUCAACAAUAAAUCAAUUGCUAAUGAAAAAUGAUUCUUAACAAAGAUUGGUUAAAUAUGUUUUGAUAGAUGAUUUUUAAGAUUUUAUUCAAAAUUUGGACCUAAAACUUGUAUAAAAAAAAAAAUGUGUAUAUGGAAAGUUGGAAACCUAAGAAAUAUACAUGUUAGUUUAAAUUAUAAAUGUAACAAUAAAUUAUUGCAACAAAAUACGGUUCUGAGUGGAGCUCAGUUAAACAUUUUUUAAUAAAAAUGAGUAUGAUCAUUUAUCACAUUGAGUAGGUUGUUGCAUCUUUUAGUACCUAGUAUUAGAAAUAAUUUAUACAUUUACUUCAGUUAUAAUUUUAACUAAUGAGUAAUUAAUAAAAAAAAAAUUUUAAAUUUUCAAAGUUUUGUUGUCAACAUUGCUAUACACUGUAUUAAGAAGAGCUACGUAGCUAACUUUUGAGUAAUAUUCUAUAUUAUUUUUAUUUAUAUUAAGUAAUUAAAUUUCAUUUAUAAUUCCUACUAAUUAUUUAAUGUUAUUAAUUAUUGUAUGUUGCAUAUGAUAGAAUAAAGAUUUUUGGCAACAACAAAUGGACAUUUUAGUAAAACAAGCUGUCACUAAAUCUGGAGAUCAAAAGACAGCACCUACAACUCCCACUUCAUUUAAUAAACCGUGUCGAUAUGGAAACAAUUGUACCAGACAUACUUGUCGAUUUAUGCAUCCAGGGCAAACACUUGCUGGUACACAAUCAAACCUUUAAUUAACAAGUCAUUUUUAUAAAAUCCAAAAUAAUUUUUACUUAAGUUCCAGAAACACAUAAUUCAAUGUCUUUAUCACAAUUAUAUUACACACAUUCAUGGUUACCAUUGUGUAUUAGAGCAGAUUUACAGCCUGAUGGAGAAUUAACCUUAAUUAAAUGUGAUGAUGAAGAAGUAGGUUGUAAAUCUGAUCAUAUUUAUGAUUUACAUGCUGUUGUAUGUUACAUACAUGAAGAUCGUAAGAAUCUUGUAUCUAUUGUGAAUGUUGGGCAAAGUUAUCAUGAACAUAAUACAUCAGCUAGUAAUCCUUCACCUCAAUGGUACAUAUUCAAUGAUGUUAGUGUAUCCCCAGUCAUAGGACAAGAAGCAGUUUGGUUUAGUCUGGAUUGGAAAAUUCCAUGUAUAUUAUAUUGGGUGUCAAGAAAUAAUCAAGUUGCCUUGGAAAUUAAAAAUGAAGCGGACUCAGUAAUUACGUCCAAGGUUUUUACAGAAAGUGUUUAUUUAAAUUCUCCAUCAAAUAGCAAUGAUAUUAUCUUAGCCGAGGAAAUUCCUAAAUCGGGUAAAUUAAUAAUAAUGUUAACAUUUGAUGUAUUUAAAUUUUAGUAUAAAUACAUUUAUUUUUAGGUGAAUUAGUGGCUAUUGAUGCAGAAUUUGUUACUCUCAAUCAGGAAGAAUCGGAAUUAAGAAGUGAUGGCCGGCUAGCCACAAUAAAACCAGUACAAAUGGCUGUAGCAAGGAUAUCAUGUAUUCGGGGGUAAAUUAAUUCAAAUUUGUACAAUAAUGGAAUUUAUGAAAUGAUAAUUAAAUUUCAAUAUUUCUAUUUCAAUAGUGAAGGUCCACACGAAGGCAAACCUUUUAUAGAUGAUUAUAUUUCAACUCAAGAGCAAGUUGUUGAUUACCUUACAAAAUUUUCUGGUAUCAACCCUGGGGAUUUAGAUAUUAGUAAAAGUUCUAAAAAUCUUACCACUCUCAAGUCUACCUAUAUGAAAUUACGUUACUUGGUUGACAAUGGAAUAAUAUUUAUUGGCCAUGGUUUAUACAAUGAUUUUAGGUUAGUUUCUUAUUUGUUAUAAUAUACUGAAUGUCCCACGGAGAUGUAAUAACUCUUAUUCUGUUUAAUAUUUUUUAAUUUUUUUUUUUUUUUAUUAAUUACUAUAGUUUGUGCUAUAAUUUUUACAUAUUAUAUAUAUAUUAUUCUAAAACUAAAAAAAAAAAAUAUAUUUUUUUUAUUUUACAUAAUCCAAGAUAGCCAUUUUACAAAUUUAUUUUAAGUUAACAAAAAUUAUUUUUUUAUGGUAAAAAUAGAUGAAUCGAUUGAAUCAUUCAGGAGUGACAAUGAAAUCAAUUUUAAUAUCAUAAACUUGAAAAAAUUAUAAAAAAUUAACUUGUCAUUAUCAAAGAUUUGUAAUUUACAUAGCUAAGAUAAUAACUAAGACAAGAUUGAAUGUAUAUUUAUUAAUAAACAAAAAUUAGAAUUGUGAUUAAUCCUACUAUUAAAGUUUUAAUUCAGACAAUACACUUAAAUUUUUAAACUUACAGCUUAGUUAUAAGAAAUGUAUAACAUUUGUCAGUUAAUGAAAAUAUCUCUAGCUCUUAAAUCACUUCCAUAAAUUGGCUAUUGCACUUACAAACACUCUUUACGAUAUAAAUUAUAAACUACUAUAUAUAUUAUAUUAAUAUUAUAUUAAUAUUUAUAGAAUGAUCAACUUAAUGGUGCCACCUAAACAAGUAAUAGAUACUGUAACCUUAUUCCGACUUCCACAUCAAAGAAAUGUGUCAUUACGGUUUUUAGCUUGGCACUUUUUGGGAAAUAAAAUCCAAUCUCAAACACAUGACUCUGUGGAAGAUGCUCACGCUGCCUUACAGUUAUAUCAAUGUUAUAAAAAACUUGAAUCAGAAGGAAAUUUGCAACUAAAACUAGAAGAACUUUACAAAUGUGGAAAAGAAAUGAAUUGGAUGGUGCCUAGUGAAUAGAACAAAUUUGUGAUACUUAAUAAACUAAAUAUAUAUUUUACAUUUUUUAACUAAUAUAUUUUGUAUAGUAGUAGUAAUAUAAAUAUUCAAAAACUUCAAUAGUUUACUUGAAUCGUUUAUUAAAUAAGGCAUAAGAAUAUUAUAACUAGUAUUCUAACGUUAUUUUGUUAAAAAAUAAGUUUCUAAUUAAUAUUAAAAAUUUCUUUUUGAAAACACGCAUUUUGAAUAAAUUGAUCCUUUUAUGUUAAUUGGUUUUUUUUUAGAUUAUCUACUUAUAAUUUUGCAUAAUUAAACUGUAC